UUGCAAAGGUGCAAAAAAGUAGUGCUCUAUUAUUGCCCGGAAAUGGCACCAAUAACUCGGCGCACAUCGGUCGAGUUGGAGCGGAAGGAGCGGAGCAGGAAAGCGAAGCUCCUCUUUCUACAAAAACGGGGAUUGCUUGUCGGAAAAGCGCCGCUGGUUUCUCACGGAUCCGAACCGAAGGAAGAGUCAGCUCAGGUGGCGGGACCAGCGAAAGUUGGUAAAGGAGCCAAAAGCAGCCAGAUGCAAAAGUUGCAUGUAGGGAAGGCGCCGCCGGUUUCUCACGGAUUCGAGCCGAAGCAAGAGUCAGCUCAGGUGGCGGACCCAACGAAAGGAGCCAAAAGCAGCCGGAAGCGGAGGUUGCGAAAGGAUCCAACCGAAGGGCUGAUGCACACUCCUGAACCUCGACAAUCGAAGCCGGGAUCGGUUCCAACACUCAGCCCAGCGAAAGGUCAUGAGAGCUCCGGGAAGCGGAAGAAACUGACUGAAGGGAUGCGCACUCCUGAAUCUCGGCAAUCGGAGCCGAGCUCGAUUUCAAAAGUCAGCCCCCGGAAGCGGAAUGCACUACCGGUGAGUGCUCAAAUUUCAGAUCUUAUUAUCUUAUUUACGCUACAGAUUUACGGGGGACAAGAUAGUUCACUUCGCGGACGUGGCCAUUAACUCACAGUUUAAGCUGAACAUUGCAUUAGGUCCUUAGUAACAUUUAAAGAUUCUCUUCGUCGA